CGUCUUUUACUUUCUGAAAUUAAUUCUGUCUGAAAAACCUGAAUAUAAGUCAUGUUCUCGGACGUCACUGAGCCGAAGCAGACGCUGCUGUGCCAGCCGGGUUCAGAGAAGCCUGUGUUUGAGCGUGAGGAGUUAUCCUACACCGGCUGUUCGGAGUGCUUCAGACUGGGUGAGCGUAGCUUCAGUCGCCAGUACGCUCACAUCUACGCGACCCGUCUGAUGCAGAUGAGGGAGAUCCUCAACGAGAGAGCUCGGCAGAAAUGGGGAACCGUGGUGCCCAUCAGGAAGCUGUGUGAUCUGCAGACGGGUGAACAGUGUGUCAUAGUGGGGACUUUGUUCAAGCACAUGGAGCUGCAGCCGUCCAUCCUGAAGGAGAUCAGUGAGGAGCACAACCUGCUGCCACAGCCGGCCCGUACCAAGUACAUCAGCCAAUCAGACGAGCUUAUCUUGGAGGAUGAGCUGCAGAGAAUCAAACUGGAGGGCAAAAUCGAAACAUCCAAGUUUGUUACCGGAAGUGUGAUUGCCAUCCUGGGUGCUGAGAAAAAUGAUGGCAAAUUUACGGUGGAGGAUUUCUGCCUGGCUGACCUGCCUCCCCAAACUCCCAGAGAGCCUCUCAAGACUGACCGGUUCGUGCUGCUGGCCUCGGGUCUGGGCCUGGGUGGCAGUAAGGCAGAGAGCAUGCUGGGAUUGCAGUUGCUGGUGGACACUGUGACUGGACAUCUCGGGGAUGUGGGCGAGCAGAGCGGGGCGGCGUCUAUCUCUCGCGUCCUGUUGGCUGGAAACCUGCUGAGUCGAAGCACACAGGAUAAAGACUCCAGUACAAAGGCGAAGUAUCUGACCAAGAAGACUCAGGCCGGCAGCGUGGAGGCCAUCAGACUUCUGGACGAGCUGCUUCUUCAGCUAGUCGCCUCCGUACCGGUGGAUGUGAUGCCGGGAAAGUACGAUCCCACUAACUUCACUCUUCCUCAGCAGCCUCUGCACGGGUGCAUGUUCCCUCUGUGUGGGCCGUACCCCACCCUGCAACUGGUCACUAACCCCUACCAGGCUGAAGUGGACGGUGUUCGAUUUCUGGGCACAUCAGGGCAGAACGUGAGCGACAUCGUGAAGUACAGCAGCGCGGACGAUCACCUGGAGAUUUUGGAGAACACGCUGCGACUCUGCCACCUCGCACCUACCGCACCUGAUACACUGGGGUGCUACCCGUUCUACCAUAAGGACCCGUUCAUCCUGGAAGAGUGUCCACACGUGUACUUCACUGGGAACGCACCAAGCUUCCAGUCCAAACUCAUCAACGGACCUGAGGGGCAGGAGGUGCUGCUGGUGACAGUCCCAGAGUUCAGCAGGACCCAGACAGCGUGUCUGGUGAACCUCCGUACGCUGGAGUGUGAGCCAAUCAGGUUCUCCGCCUUCUCCACUGAGGAGGAGGAUGAGAGCGAGAUGAACAUCAGCCAUUAAGCUUAAAUAUGAGCACUGUGUGUGUGUGUGUGUGUGUGUGUGUGUGUGUGUGUAACGUUUACAAAAAACCCUGGAAAGAUGCACCAAUGUUUCUCAUACUCAGUUCUCUCGGGGUUUAAUGCCAAUCACUUGUAGAUCAUUCGACCAGAGCGUCCAAACUUUUGUGUACGACUGUGUUGUGACCCUGUGCAGCAAAACAAAGAACUCUGUCAUUUUUGCAUGAGAAAAUAAAUGCAGCAGCACUUGCGCGGCUUGUAAAAAGACGUCGGCGGAUCAGGAAACGUCACAAGUGAGCAGUGUGUAAACAAGCCUUUAUUAGAUGCUGAUAUUACAGUGGGUUCGACCCUGAGGUCUCUGAGAGAAUCGUUUUCUGCAGACACGCUGAUGAUAAAGAAAUGUAAAUAAAGCCACUUUUCUCUA